AUGUCUGCGCACCCCAGAACUGUUCAGCAGAGAAGGCAGAAUAUCACCGCGCUGCCUCUCUAUUAUUCCGGACAGCUGCUGAAGAAAAGUGCCAAAGAGAAGGAUUUCAAGAAGUACUUCGGAGAGCUGAGAGGCUCUUCGCUGUUUCUGUACGAAGAUGACACACAGGAGACGUACACAGAGAAGCUGGACCUGGACCAGCUAAAAUCCUUGGACUUACAGUCUCCGUAUCAACAGAGGGCGCCUACGAUUUUUACCCUGACUCUGCACAAAGAGCAGGUGCAGUUGAAGAUGGAAAAUGCUGACACGGGAGAAGUGUGGAGGGGCUACAUCCUCACUGUGGUCAAUAUGGAGAUCCCCAGCAAGCUGCAGCUGCUGCCGGGCCAGAUGAUGACGCUAGAAGAGGUUCUUUCUGAGGAGAGAAAAAGGAAAACCCAAGCGCCACGCCCGCCCCUCCCCCCUCGACCCACCUUCAUCGGGGUGACCACCGAGAUGCCAGAGUGUUUCUACGAUGUGACUCGACAGGAGGCCGAACAGAUGCUGACCGCAGAACCAGAGUACGGAAGCAUCAUCCUCCGUCCAUCAACUCUGCCCAAUAACUACGCCCUGACCCUCAGACAACACAAACAAAGUGGCCCUGUCAUUAAAAACUUCAGAGUGACCACUACAAAAACCGGAUUUGUCAUUGAGCUGGAUACACCAGUAACCGUCUCCUCCUUGAAUGAUGUGGUGAAUUUCUUCAUUGAGAAGACGGAGUACCGUCUUUAUCCCUACAUUCGAUCUCAGCCCUAUGACACUCACUUUGAUGUGUCACCUCCUCCAAAGUGCAUUGCUACCCCAUUACCAAGGACUAAAACUGUGCCCCAGGCUGAGGUGGCACCUUUAAAGCGGCCCCCGACCAAGGAAAAGCUUCUUCCUCCUCCAGAGGAGCCUGAAGUGAACGAAUACGUGGUUCCUGAUGAGGAUUUGUCUGACGACAAAGAAUUGAAGUUCGUUAAUCUGGAGAGUGAGCUCCGCCAAGCUAUAAAAGCACGGAGGGAAAACCUCUACAGUGCAUCCAAGAUGGACGAGGACACCUGCUAUGAAAAUGAAGCUCCCGGGAUAUCCCAGAGCGGCACGGUGGAGUGGAAGGUCAACGUCUAA